GCCGCCUCCUCCUCCUCCUCAGCGCCCAGGCAGCGGCGGCCGAGCGGGGUUCCCGGCGAUGGCUGAACUCAAGUCGCUGGGCAGCGAGGCGUACCUGGCGCUGGCCCCGGGCUACGGGCCCUCGGCUUUCGCCUACGGGGCGGUGCGCGGGGGCGCCGAGGGCCCGCGGGGCGCCUACCCCGGCGGCGGCGGGGCGGACUUCCACGGCGGGGCGAUGGGCAAGUCCGCGGAGAGCAGCGGCGAGCAGAGCGGCGACGAGGAGGACGGCUUCGAGGCGGGCGUGAAGGGCGGCGCGGGCUUCGAGAGAGAGGGGAAGCUGAAGGGGGGAGCCCUGGGCAAGAAGCCCAAGGAGCAGCGCUCGCUGCGCCUCAGCAUCAACGCGCGGGAGCGGCGGCGGAUGCACGACCUGAACGACGCGCUGGACGGGCUGCGCUCCGUCAUCCCCUACGCGCACAGCCCCUCGGUGCGGAAACUCUCCAAAAUCGCCACGCUGCUCCUGGCCAAGAACUACAUCCUCAUGCAGGCGCAGGCCCUGGAGGAGAUGCGGCGGCUGGUGGCCUACCUGAACCAGGGCCAGGCGCUGAGCGCCCCGCUGCCCGCCACCCUCAACCCCUUCGGACAGUCGCCCGUGUACCCCUUCGGCGGCGCGGCCGUGCCCGGCUGCCCCGAGAAAUGCACUGCCUUCACAGGAGCCGCCUCCGCCCUCUGCAAACACUGUAACGACAAGCCUUGACUUCUGCCUUCUUCGGGCUUUUCUUUUUUUUUUUCCUUUUUUUUUUUUUUAUUUGUUUUGGUUUUUUUUUUUUUUUCUUUUUGGUUGGUUCGUUUGUUUUCUUUCUCUGCACUUUUCUUCCCACUGCCAUCAGCCCUGGCUUCCUUCCAUCAGUUAAGUCUGGGUUUUCUCUUUUGUUCUUCAUACCUCCCCUCCCCAUCUGGAAAUAUUUGGCAAUUCACUGGAACCCCCCCAAAACACCCACUUUCUACUUUAUUUAGUAACCCCCCCCCCUCACAUGCAACUUCAUCUGUAGAGUUAUUUCCUUCCCAGCCUGUCAGUGGAUUGUGAGCGUAAUGUUGCUUUUCGCUUGCUCUGAGCUACAAAGUUUUUGAGCGGUUUUGAAAGAGAACUAUAGAAAAAAAGAGAGGGAGAGAGAUCUGGAAAUGGAAACCUCAGUGAAUUUGCUUUGGCAUGGUCGACCUGUGUUAAAAAUAGAUUAAAAGGAGGAAGGGGAAGCAAAAUCCAGCUGCAAACUAUGCAAUGUUGCAGAAUCGUGGGCGGAGGGGGCUCUGUGUAGCCAGCUGGGGUUGGACUGCACCCGCAAAUCCAAAUGGAAAUCCUUUGGUCAGAGCUCAUGGGAGGGGGGAAGUCCAGUACUCUUGCUAAAACAAUUGAUGCUUCAAAGUAAGAUGCUUUUUUUCUUUUCUCUCUUAAAAAAAUUAACCCGUUCUUGGACUGAGAGGAACCUGUGAUUGUAUGCUAAUGCUUGCUGUUUGCCUGUUUCUCAGCUUGGUUAAGUUUUCCGGAUGAUUUUCCAAAG